UUUCUUUUUUUGCAUGUAAAAAGAGAUUGCUUAAAAAUUUAAUGCCCUUCUUUCACGUUAUCUUCCUUCAGAUAAAGUGGGCGUGUCACAAAAAAUGUCAGCGUAGUUAGGAAAGUAUAAACUGCGGUGAAAGAAAACAUGGCUUAUAUGUUUGAUCUUCAUUUACUUGUACAAGCUGUUCUAUAUUUCACAGCCGUUGGCUGCGGUCUUGUCAUUUCCAUUCCAACAGGAGUUACGAAGGUCAACUUUGAGAAACAGUGCUUGCUGUACACAGAAUGCCAGUGGCAAAACAGUACCUUCUUCUCGGCAAAAUUUGGAGAUGCUGGGUCAUGUAACUUUAUCAUUUAUGCAAGUGUUUUUGUGGGCAUCUUCUAUCCACUGGGAAUGGGAGUGUAUUAUGUUUAUGCCCUCACAAGGAAAGAUCCAAAUAUUGGAUCUCAGAUGUGGGUUUUCCCAUUUAUUCUUGCAAAUUGUGUUGUUGCUCUCAUGUUCUUCAUUGUGGCAUGCAUCAUCAGUGUGGGAUUAAAGUCAUUCUGUGAUUCAUACUUAAAAAGACCUGUACCAUAUUCAGAAAGCUGUGCUGAUGCAGAAAAAGCCCGAUGGUAUAAUACUGAUGGCUCAUUAGUUACCCGAGGCUCAUUCUAUGGUUACCUUCAUGCAGCUGAGGGAGCAAGUUGGGUAAAUUUCUUUGUAUGGGCAGUACAAGUCGGUCUUGGAGUUUUUAGACUCUACCGAAACCGUCGUCAACGCUCAGCAGGAGAUUUCUCAGAUUCUGCACCAGUUGCUUCUGAAGGAAAGGGAGGCGAUCUGAAAGCAGUUGCAGCUGAUGUUGAGAAAUACUAAACCAUAACCACUACUCAUUUCUAAAAAAAAAAAAAACAAUCAAAUGUAGAUUUAAGAAUCAAUGUCAGCUAUCAACUUGAGAUCCCAGGGAAAUAACAAACAUUAAAAUGUAUGUAUACUUAGAGUUACUAAUGAAAAGAACAUUCCCCACAACAUUAAAAAUUAAUCUGUUAUCUAGUGCACAUCCCUCUCAUACUGGAAUGAAAAGCUAUAUGUUACAAAAUCGCCAUAUGUUUGGAUAUUUUGACUUUUCAGUGUUAACUAGAGCUCUUGGUACACCGGAAUAUGUGCCUUUGAAAUUUAUGGUUCAUAGAAACUGGGCUUUCCCCUUGAUUGUCCCAAAUAGCAGAACAUAAGAAAAUUCCACUGGUACUGCUAUACUGAGCUUAUAGAUUAUAUGACAGUGAUUCCCUAAGCCUUAUGCCCAUUAAGUUGGAAGUAUUGUUGGUACAUUGUUCACUUUAGCUACUUUGUCGGCUGUGUCAAUGUUUGUUGAGAUAUUACUCACUAAAUCAAUCUCAUAUAUAAGAUAUCAAUAUUUUGAUCAUGCUUAUAUAUGUCCUUCAUUGUCAGCUAUAAGGAUUUGCCCUUUAGCAAAUCUGAAAUGAGUGUUAUCAGCAUUUAUAAAAAAGACAUCUUCCUAUUCUUCAUUAGUAAAGCAUUUAUCAGGAUCAGCAUCACGACAAUGUUCAUUGUAAUUAUUCAGUAAUUAUUUUUAGGAUCAGUUGUUCUCAGCUUCCUGCCAAAGAUGUACAGGGACAGUAUUUUUUAUAAUGACAAAGAUCAGCUGACAAAAUGUGAUAUAAAGCAUACAUAAACUGUGAUACUAAUUUAUGUAAUUCAUCAGUAUUGUUUGAGAUCACAUAUUACACCAGCUAUAAUUUUAAUAAUUAAACUAUACUCUAUAAAAUGUAGAGCUGAACAAAAUGUGAUAUGGACUACAUUUUCAUAUUUGACAGGAAUAUGCAUUUUUCUUUUUCUUUGCAUUAUGUUACAGCUCAGAGUUUAUUAAAUUUUGAAAUUAUA